AUGAACAACUCAACAUGUAUUCAACCAUCUGCGAUCACAUCCACGGUUUUACCGAUCACUUACAUCUUCCUUUGUAUUGUUGGUCUCUUUGGAAACUCUCUCUCUCAAUGGAUAUUUUUAAGAAAAAUAGGUAAGAAAACAUCAACGCACAUCUACCUGGCACACCUUGUGACUGCAAACUUGCUUGUGUGCAGCGCCAUGCCUUUCAUAGGUAUCUAUUUCCUGAAAGGUUUCCAAUGGGAAUAUCAAUCUGUACAAUGCAGAGUGGUCAGUUUUCUGGGAGUUCUAUCCAUUCAUGUAAGUAUGUUUGUCAGCCUCUUAAUUUUAAGUUGGAUUGCCAUAAGCCGCUAUGCUACCUUAAUGAAAAAGGAUUCCAUGCAAGAGACCACUUCGUGCUAUGAAAAAAUAUUUUAUGGCCAUUUAUUGAAAAAAUUUCGCCAGCCCAACUUCGCUAGAAAACUGUGCAUUUACAUAUGGGGAGUUGUACUGGGUGUAAUUCUUCCAGUUACCAUAUACUACUCGGUUGCAGAGGCUACAGAAGGAGAGGAGCGCCAGUGCUAUAAUCGGCAGAUGGAACUAGGAGCCAUGAUUUCUCAGAUUGCAGGUCUCAUUGGAACCACAUUUAUUGGAUUUUCAUUUUUAGUAGUACUAACAUCAUACUACUCCUUUGUCAGCCAUUUGAGAAAAAUAAGGACCUGUACAUCCAUUAUGGAGAAAGAUUUGACUUACAGUUCUGUGAAAAGACAUCUUUUGGUUAUCCAGAGUCUACUACUAGUUUGUUUCCUUCCAUAUAGUAUUUUUAAACCCAUAUUUUAUGUUCUACACCAAAGAGAGGACUGUCAGCAAUUGAAUUAUUUAAUAGAAACCAAAAAUGUCCUUACCUGUCUUGCUUCAGCCAGAAGUAGCACAGACCCCAUCAUAUUUCUUUUAUUAGAUAAAACAUUCAAAAAGACACUAUAUAAUCUCUUUACAAAGUCUAAUUCACCACACAACCAUAAGGUUGACAUUUGA